AUUCAUUGCAGAGAUAUUUUUAAAUAGCAGUUCUCCAUGGCUUCCUUCCGAGCAUUCUUGAACAGUCCAGUUGGGCCUAAAACAACUCAUUUUUGGGGUCCCGUAGCUAACUGGGGAUUCGUGAUUGCUGGGCUGGUGGACAUGAAGAAACCCCCUGAAUUGAUAUCUGGCAACAUGACUGGAGCUAUGUGUAUAUAUUCGGCAUUAUUCAUGAGGUUUGCAUGGAUGGUACAGCCUCGGAACUAUCUGCUUCUAGCUUGUCAUGUCUCAAAUGAAACUGUGCAGCUCUAUCAACUUUCUCGUUGGGCAAAGGGAAACGGGUACUUGGGGGCCAAGAAGGAAGUAGCUGCAUCUGAGUAAUAGGUGCUGAUUUUCAUUGUUUGGCUUGGUGAUUUUAUGGUGGUUCCUGCAGAAACAACCCAUCGGUUGGAAUUUAUUAUUGGAUUAGGGUGUACUAGCAGAACUACACAAAUCACUUUGAGCCAGCCUUUGUUUUGUUGUUGUGGUGUUUCUAUUUCGCUAGUUUUUCACUUCGAAUAUUGCCUAAUAAACCAUUGUAAGAAACUCAAGCUUUGAGGUCAGAAAAUAUAUGCUUUGUGGUUUGUGAA